AUGGAUCUCGUCAACCACCUCGAGGGAAGACUUCUCUUCGCUGUCCCUAAAAGCAAGUCCUCCCCCAUCUAUACAUCUGAGUCCAUGACUCACUCACCCGAGUUCGAGUCCGAACAAAAGGGUCGUCUCCAACAAGCAACCCUGGACCUUCUCGCCGGUUGCGAUAUUCAAUUCCGUCGCGAAACCCGCCUCGAUAUCGCUCUCGUUAAGAACCUGCCCAUCGCCCUGAUCUUCCUUCCCGCUGCCGAUAUCCCCACCUUCGUCGGUGAGGGCCGUGUCGAUCUUGGAAUUACAGGUCGUGACCAGGUCGCUGAGCACGAUGCUACACUUCCUGCCGGUGAGACCUCCGGUGUGGAAGAGAUUAUGGAUCUUGGAUUCGGUGGCUGCAAGUUGCAGGUGCAGGUUCCGGAGAAGGGAGAUAUCACUGAGGCGAAGCAGCUUGUUGGUCGCAACGUCGUGACCAGCUUUACUGCGCUCUCUGGGCAAUUCUUUGCUGGACUGGAGGGUGUUGAGUCCGGGAAGCCGUUGAGCACUAAGAUUAAGUAUGUUGGUGGUAGUGUUGAGGCUGCUUGUGCGCUUGGUGUUGCUGAUGGUAUUGUUGAUCUUGUUGAAUCUGGUGAGACCAUGAAGGCUGCUGGUCUUAAGGCCAUUGACACUGUUGUCACUAGCACCGCUGUGCUCGUCAAGUCCCGGGACUCUAGCAACGAGCUCCUGAACCUGAUCACUUCCCGUAUUCGUGGUGUCAUCACCGCCCAGAAGUUCGUUCUGUGCCAAUACAACAUUCCUCGCACAGAGCUGGCUGUCGCAUCCAAGAUUACCCCCGGUAAGCGGGCACCUACCAUCACCGCUCUCGAGGAGGAGAACUGGGUUGCUGUCAGCUCUAUGGUUGAGAAGAAGCGCAUUGCCACUGUUAUGGAUGAGUUGAUCAAGGUUGGGGCUACGGAUAUCCUGGUCCUCAACAUUGCCAACUCUCGUACCGAUUAG